GUGUUCUCUAAGCUUAUAAAUAUUCAAGCAUCAAAUUUCCGAUACCCAACACCUUAUUACUGAACCAGACACUACACCUGCCUAUAUCAAACCCGAAAAUCACAUCUCCGAAACCAAUAUGACACCUCUCACCCCAAACACCAAAAUUAAGAUCCACACAACUCUGCCCGCCGCUCCCCCCUCCCGUGCCCAGACCACCACCCCCCGCCUCCUAAUCCGCCCCCUGCAACCCUCCGAUCUCUGAGCCCUUCACACCCUCCGAACCCAGCCCGAAGCCAUGACAGGCACCUGCCUCGGACGCCCGGACCGCUCUUUGUCCGAAACCCAAAAGACGCUCGCUUUCUUCACCAAUUCCUUCGCUGGGCACUUCUUAUUCGGCGCCUUCUUACUAUCAACGGGUGAGCUGAUCGGCGAGGGAGGUAUGCAUACGCUGAACUCAGAGAUGGCCGGGUGGCCGGAGGUUGGGUAUAAGUUUAUGAAGGAGUACUGGGGACGAGGGUACGCGACGGAGUUUUUGGGGGCGGUUUUGGGGGCAUGGUGGGGAUUGAAUAGGCAGGGAACGGAGGUUGAUGUCUAUGUGUUAACUAUGGAUGGCAAAGUGACUAAGGCUGGAGCUGAGAUAGGGGCUGGGAAUAUGGUGACGGAGAAGGUGUAUGCUAAUACGGAAAUCGAUAAUGUGGCGAGUCAGAAGGUGUUAGAGAAGUUGGGAUUUGUCAAGUUUAUCGAGUGGACGGAGCCGGAUACACAGGAGCAUCGACUGGGAGAACCAGUUACUUUGGUUGGCUUUAUUCUGUCCCGGCCACGGAGCUGAUGGCGAGAAAUAAACAAGA